AUGUAUGAGACGGUUCUCUCGGAUUGUGUGAUGAAAUUCACGAUAUUCUCGAUCCUGCUCCUGCUGCUGUUGGCAGCGGCUAUACAGUGUCAUGGUCGUCAUCGCAACAAUCAUGGCAGAAAUCAUGACCACAACCAUCAUCCCAACGAUUACCACCACCGAAGACACGAGUCCCAAGAAAGCCACCAAAACCAUAAUUACCACGACUUUCCUGAUAGUUUUGAAGAUUCAUCACAUGAUUUGGAUGACAAUUUAAAUUCUGGUCGUACUCCACGCAGUGACUUGGAAGACUUAGUUGUCGAUCUAAAACCUAUAGAGAACCCAGAUACAGGCAAUAUUCCAAAUACCAACAAAUCAGCCAUUGACACAGAAGCCGUUAAAAAGGCAUAUGAUAUGGACAAAGGGUACAAUGGAAUAAGAAUAGAUGAAAUGUCAGAUCCUGCUGAACCUAACAAUGUAGAUGGCGACACUAGGCAUGAAAUAUCAUUAAAUAUAAACGACAUACCAAAGAGUGACGGAACCAUUAGUGCUAAUGGAUUUUUGCCGACUGGAGAUGGUAAUAUAGGAAGUAAUUUUGGUUCAAAUUUAGGUGUUAACUUGGGAGACCAUAAUUUCGCUGGAAAACCUAACGUUAAUUUAGGAGGUAUCUCGGGUUUCCCCGUAGUUACUCGACCAGGUUUGCAUUUAGGAGGCAACCUGGGCGGUCCUUUUGGUGGAAGUUUAGGUCUCAAUUUAGGGGUUAAACCACAUUUCCCGUUAGGUCUUAAUUCCUUUCCAGAUUUUCGAUUAGGAGGCAACUUUGGCGUCCCUUCAGGACGUAACUUGGGUAUUAAUUUAGGAGGUAAGCUUGGCUUUCCAUCCAUAGGCAUUAAAGAUUUUCAUUCCUUUCCAUACCUUAACUUGGGAGGUAACAAUAGAGCAUCUGUAGGUCUUCCAAUGAGUGACAACUCAGGUAUUAAUUUAGGGAGUAACGUAGAUCUUCCUUACUCCGACGAUCGUUUGGAAAAUAAUUCAGAUAACCUUCUAGGAAGUAAUUUAGAUGUUAACGUUGAUGGCAAUAACUUGGACGCAGAUUCUCAUAGUAUAAAUAGUCGUUCUAGUCUAGAAGAUUUAAUUGAUUAUAACAGUGAGCCUAAUGAGAAGAAUGUUAUUGAUGUUAACAGUGGUAAGCUAGAUCUAAACCAAAAUCAAAGGCAGUCUGAGGAUAUGGAUAACUUGGAGCAAAAAAGUAAAAUAAAGUACAACACUGAAGAUAAUAUUGGAAGUGACGGGGUGGUUAGUGACUACAAUAAUAAACCAAACAGUACCGAUACGCGUGGUGCUUUUCUAAAGAGUAAUGAGACUAACAACCUGGUCAACAAAACUGAUGGUGAAUCACUAAAUAGUAACGAUAACCUUAACGCUGAUAAGCCUGGUGUCAACAGUCAUAAUGAUAGUGAAUCACCACAAGGAGACAGUUCCAUUGAAACUUACAUCGAUUUACCAAGUAUUGCACAUACUCUUAAAGAUGGAGAAAAACCAGAAAUUGACCCUCAAUCAUCAAACAAAAAUAAGCUUUUAAUAACACCAGAACAUGAUAAUUUACCAAAUAAAAAAUCAAAUUCUACUGAAAUUCCUUCAAUCGAAACUUCUGAUAAAAGCAACACUAAGGCAGAAGAUGGAGAAAAUAAUCAGCUAGAGAUGAUACCAGUUCUAAUGCCAGGAGGCGGAUACGUGUUAUUGCCUGCAAGUAUUGUGAAUAACAUGCCAUCAUACAUCGUCGUGAUGAUUAACGGCCAACCAACGCUCUUACAAAAUCCUAGUAUAGAUGUAAAUGGAGGUUCGUUGGAUCUAAGUAAAUUUAUUUUAGCAAAUGGUCUUUCAAACAGUGAUGUAGUCCUGCCUAGUUGGUACAAUAGAGGACAGCAUGCAGGAGGUGGUGGAGCUACAAUUGGAAUUUUGCCUAAUGUUCAACAAACCGAGUCGCCUAUAUUGGUUGGAGACAGUGACAGACCAUUGACAAAUUCUAACGGUGUAUCAGCUCCCUACGCUGAUUCUGUUACUAGAUCUUUACCAACCCUGCCAAUUUCUGUUCCUGGAAGGAUUGAUCCUGGUUUUUCUCCUUCGUUUUGGAAUAAUCUGGACCAUGGUUUACAAAACGGAGUACCCAAUGCAAACUGGGCAUAUCUAAUUGAUCCCGACAUAAAUGUUUAUUCUAACGUUCCAAAUCCCACGUCCCCACUACUAAACUAUCCAAUACACCCUUAUUCUCAGUACCUAUAUCCGUAUUCUUAUCCAACUGAAUUUAACCCCUUCGCAAAUAACAAUAAAAAUCCUGCCAAGAACGUACUCGUUGAGGAUAACAAUGGCUCACCACAUCAAAAUUUCCAUGACAACUCAAAUGCAAUUACGUCAUUGGACCCAAGAAAAGCCUACCCAAAUAUUUCACCAGGAUCUAAUCUGGAAACUCAUUUAAACAUUAUUGAGGGUAGACAACCAGAAACAAAUAAUUAUGGUGUUCAUUCAGAGUCUCGACUAGAUGAUAUGGCGAAACAUUAUACACAGGGUGAUUUUCAUGACCUAAUUCAACCUAAUCCAGACCUACCAAGUGGGACAGAACUCCAAGAUGACGCAAGAGUUGACCAAGUACACCAAGAUGAUAUUAAAUUAAAUGUGCCCAAUUCGGAUGAUUGGGACGAUAAAAGAAUUGAGCGUCGCUUACAAAACCGGGAUGAUAAAAAAAUUGAGUCUAAUCAAGAAGAUAACGAUGAUAUAAAUAUAACUGAUGGUUAUCCAGAUAGCCAGCACGAUAAAUGGAUUAAGUACCACCCUGAUCAUUGGGAUAAUAAAAAGAUUGAGCACCACCCAGACCACCGAGAUGAUAAAUGGAAUAAGCUUCUCACUAAUCAGCGGCACGAAAAAAGGGUUGAGCCACUUCCAGACCAAUGGGAUGAUAAAUCAAUCGAAUCCUAUCCGAUUCACGGGGUUAAUAAAAAGAUAAAUCCACACCUUGAUCAUUCGGAUGAAAAAUUAUUCUCCUUAAAUCACCGAGAACAUAAAGGGAUUAAGCCCCACCCAGAUCACAGAGAUGACAAAACGAUUAAAACCUACCCACAGCUCUGGGACAACGAAAGGAUUAUGCCGCACCCAGAUCACCGGAACGAUAAAAAGGUUGAGUCUCACCCAUAUCACAGGGACGAUGAAAAGAUUGAGCACAACUUACCGCACAGGGAUGAUAAAAGCUUUGAGGCCAACCCAGGUUAUUUUGAUGAUACAGACACUGAGCCCUACUCUGAUCAUCGGGACGAUAAAAGUCUUGAGACGCCUCCAGAUCAUUGGAACGACAAACGAAUUAAGUCUAAGCCGAAUUACUCGGACGAUAAAAGAAUUGAGGCCCACUCAGAGGAAUUUGAUAGUGAAAGGAUUCAGUACCACCCUGAUAACUGGGAUGAUAAAAAAGUUGGGCCACAUCUCCAUAACUGGGAUGAUGAAGGCAUUAAGCCAUACCCAUAUCACAGGAAGGAUAUAAAUACAGACUCCUACCCAGAGUCACGACACAUUAAACCAGACCUUCACCUAAAUAAUUACGUACCAAACAUACUAACGACUGAGUCGGAUGUGCAACUUGAUAUUCCACUGAUAAAUAACCCUGAGUCUCAGACAAAUGAUCCAAUUUCUACAUACGCUGGAAAGCUGCCGAAUAUUCUAUUACAUCCUGAGCAGAAUCAUGAUGAACCACUUGAAGAUAUUCCUGGCUUUCAUUCCACACAUCCGCUGCCUAUCCAUGCUGAUAAUUCAGACCAUACCAGCUUGAUUAAUGACAUCAUUGACAGCCUAAAUAUCCUUUUAAAGUACCCCCAUAGAGUUGGCCAUCAGUCUAAGAAGGUUAAAUCUUUGAUAAAAUUAUUGAUCGCAAUUUUGAAUUCUGGUGAUAAGAACCAAAAGUUGGUAUCCAAGCAGGAAGAUGGUAUCGAAGAGGAAUUGGAUCUAGAGAAUGUCAAAAAUCUUAUCCUUCGUCUCCUGAAAGGACAUUACGAAUCAGAUCCGAAGGUGUUGCGCGAUUCUAGUAUAGACGAAAGUACACGAACUAAUUUGAUUCUUCUUUUGAAACUUUUGGUAAAUAAUCAGGACCUAUCGUCCAAGGGAACAGAAAAUCCUCUGCUUUACUUCCUAGGUCAGUUCCCUUGUGACCUGUCGAAGAAGCGAGAGGAAGCAUCUGACGCUGUAACUAGCAAACUGUUGAACUUAUUAGUUGAAAGUUAUGACCGAGGAGAUCUGCAAUCGAGCCUGGAAAAAACAGCUGCACUCUCAAGUCUGUGA